UAGUCUCCCCUAAAAUGCUCGAAUCUGCCGUCAAAUUUGACGCCUCACGAAGUAGGUGCCGUCAACACGUUGAGCAGAUGCAUUUGCCCUGAGGGUGGUGUCCCAUUGCUAUCGUUGUGACAGUGACACUUGGUUCCGGUCGGACUCACCUAUGCUCUUGUCCAUCCAUAUCAUUCCCCCGGCAGAGGCCACUCGAGCGACAAAGAUAUGGAGCUUGGGCAUGGCGGUAUUCAUUUGUACCUUGUUAUCGAUGCUGGGACCAGCUCGUCUUUACUGCCUCACCUCCGCUUUCAGAGCAUAAACACCUGCGCAUUGCCGAACGAGUAUUCCCCUCAGCAACCAUUCACAUCUUGCCUCUCUCCAUUCUUCGCACGCACACUGGCAUUGAACAUUCGAACUUGUAUCAGCUCAUACUCCCAGUCGAAACUCGAGCGGCCAAGAUGAACAACACCUUGGAUCCAGGCGGGGAAGGCGCCUUGCUGGAACGUGUGCGUCGUGCUUUCCUCAACAAGGCCUUCAUGAGAGACGCACGACAAAUCUGCAUGGGCAUCGACGGGAACAUUUACCAAUUGGUGCAAUUUCCAGGCGUACCAGUCGUUCGCAUGCCAGAUGAUAAUCCAGCAGCCUUGCAUUUUCUCCAAUCGUUCUCUGCGAAUCUUCAAGCGCACGUACCGACAUCGACGACUGGAGGCCGGCCGGCGUCGAGUCAAGCAACGACCACCGACUUACCUCGCGCAGGCAACGCUGUAGCGCAUCGGCGACCAUUUCAAGGCCUCAACGCGGCUGACCUCAAUGCGGCUGCAAUCCUUCAAGGUCUCAAUGCGGGCAACUCCCAGAAAAUCGUGCUUGAAAGAUUGAUCUUACAGAAGGAUGCUAGAUACCCGGUGUUUUUCCAGGACGUGUUCGAUGCCGAUCAAUGCAGCAAACUUCUUUUUCUGGCCUUGCACCCGGUUCCUUUUGAAACGAUAGCAUAUGUGUUGCGCCUUGAAAAUGAUGGGGAAGUCCGAGACAAGGAGAGUUUGGCUAGACUUGGAAACAUCAUCGCACAUUACCUACCACAAAUCAUGAGGCAGGAAGCAGCUCUGAAGCCAGACGCAGAAACGAUGGUGUCAGACCUAUUAAGUCGUGCUGAGUCUGGUGUCUGGAUGCCUAGCAUUCUUCAGCAUGCAACAGACUACAUCAACACUUCAACAAUGGAUGCUGACAGUGGUUCGAAAGAGCGUCGAAAGUAUGCGAGGGAAAGAACAGUUCUUCGAGAGUGGCGGGAAACGAUACUUCCAACAAUACUUCCUGUUCUUCCUGAUGACGUCGAUCUAGCCGCAAUCACGCGGCACCUAGAGAUUGAACAUCAGGUACAGGCCGCAUUGGCGAGAGAAGAGGCUGAUGAGAAGGGGCUGUGCAAAUUGGGAUAUCGCAAGACCGAUCCUGAGGGCCAGAAGGCUAUGAUGUUGCAUCGGCUGGUGUUCCUUGCAAAGGCAGACAAUUGGCGUGGUCUUCUUAAGAUCAAUGGUAUCAUCGAAUAGGAAUGUGACGGAAGGAGCCGAGGCCUAGGUCGACAGGCUCUUGAAGGGGCUGUUCACUUCGACGUCAGGGACUUGUCGAUAUUGUCGAUCGGUGUCUGUGAGUGCUUGGUCUUCACGAUUGGUAGAAUGAUGGCUUUGGGAGGACGAUACCUCCACUCACUGUGAAUGAGAGAGUAAGAUGACGAUCAAUGAUCCUGUCGUGCUUGUGAUGAUGAGAAGGAACA